GGCGGGGAAGGGAAGUGGGACUGGUCACUGGGCAGGCUUCCUGCUUGUUUGUAUUUGGCGCCGGAGCUGCCUAGGGACCGAGACAGAGAGCGGAUACCGAAGCCGGUGUGAUGCUGGGAGACCUUGCUUGUACGGGGAAGCAUAUACAUUGUUAGAUUUCUGUUCCCUGUCAGUGUAUCGCGUUUUUGCGCUGGAAUCAUUCAUGUCUGCCAGAUACCUGCCUAUCUACUUCCUGCCUAUCUGUGGUGACUACAAUAUUUUACUAAGAAGCAGUUUCACUAUGUAACUGUCAACUAAAAUCGACACGUCUGAGAGUUGAUUGACCAAAACGCCCCACAAGAUGAACAUCUCUGCAUCCACUUGUGGCAGUCCAAGCUCUUCUGAAAGCCUCCCUGCUGGUGACUUGUUCAAAGAGCUCUGGUCAAAACUGAAGGAAUGCCAUGACAAGGAAUUACAAGAACUGCUUUUGAAAAUUAACAAACUGAAAAAACAAAGAUGUCUUGAUGCACAAAGGCUGGAAGAGUUUUAUACAAAAAACCAACAUUUAAGAGAGCAGCAGAAGACACUACACGACACAAUUAAAGUUCUUGAAGACAGACUUCGAGCUGGCCUAUGUGACCGUUGUACAGUAACUGAAGAGCACAUGAGGAAGAAGCAGCAGGAGUUUGAAAAUAUUAGACAACAGAAUCUAAAACUCAUCACAGAGCUCAUGAAUGAUAAGAACGCUCUCCAGGAUGAAAAUAAAAGGCUUUCUGAGCAGCUCCAUAACAUGCAGAAGAGCAGGUGGAAGAGUGAUGAAGAAAAUCCAGCAGAUACAGGAGAAGGUGAAGAUGGUGUUAUCCCGGACUCCCCACUUAGUACCUUUUCUUUAAGUAUGGUGAGCAGAAUGCGGAGAAAAAAAGAUAACAAGCAUAUCCGUUACUCGGAAAAAGCACCAGAAGACACACUGACAUUGGAGCGCAAGAUCAACUCUGGGAACAGACCUCAAGCAACUACUCACGUAAGAAAAGGAGAGGAUAUUUUGGUGGCUGAAACACUAGAACUCUCCCCUCUUCCAAAAAAAUAUGAAGUUGAUUCAGAAAAGCCGGUGUUCAACCUGGCAGCUGUUGUUGCUGAAACACUUGGCCUCGAUGCCCAGGUGGAAUCUCAGUCCCAGAGUGUAUUUAAUCAGCCAAGAAUCACCGGUGCCCCACUUUUUCACGAGGGUGAAGAUUCCUCUCCACGGCAAGUCAAAGUUGAAUUUACUGAAGGUUCUAUGGAAGAGUCUCAGGGUAACGACGAUGAUGGAUGGAAUACAAAGGAAGCAUCACCUGUAUUUGGAGGACCUGCGAGAAACAUAAGGAGAAGUGCAGAAAUGGACUGUAUUUCUCCCCCCUUACCAGUUGGAUUGAACAGUAAAUUGAUAUCACAGUGUUCUAGAAACCCAUCAGAUUUUUUAUUUAACUCUGUACAGGCAAAGGCAGAAGAUGGAGCGCAGGCAACUCGUCUCUGCCUUGGCAAAGAGACAGACUCUGUAAUUAGCCAAUGUUCAAGCAAUGGGCAGGGUGUCUUGAGGUGUAGUCCAAACAAAUCAGUCCCUGGUGGUGCUCAGAUGGGCAAAGACAUUCUUGACAGUGAGCACCAUAAACAAAUGGCAAACAGAUAUGGGAAAAGAAAAAAUGCAGAAGCAGAGCAAGAGGAGAGCUGUGAAUCCUCAUUUGAUAAAGAAAACAAUAUCCCUAUAAAAGACAUUGGUAGUGAAAGACACAGCAUGCUGGACAAGCCCCUGGAUCUUUCUGACCGUUUUUCAGUGCUCAGGCCACAGGACAGAAGCCAUGGCAGCAGCAGGGGUAGAACAAAGCAGACAUUUGCACUGGUACCAGAGAAACCUGACCCCAAAAAACCACUGCACAUAGACUUAAGGGAGGACCUUUACCACCAAACAAAGCAGAAAAAAGUAUUUGUUUCUGGGUUAGUAGAACGUAGUGCCUUCAAUUUGCACGAAGAUAAGGAAGUGACAGAAGAAGGCAAUCAGCUUUUCGAUGAUUUAGAGAUUGAAACUGUCCAUGAGCCAAAAAGAAACGCAAGAUCAGUGCACAGAGGUGUCCAGCCGACAUCUGUCCUUCAGCCAAACUUGCACAUGGUUCAGGCUUGCCCGGAAUCUCAACAAGGGAAGCCACCAAUAGAUAACAUGCAGUGGAGCAUUGAUCCAGGGGCUGACUUGUCGCAGUAUGAAAUGGACAUGACAAUGGAAGAUUCUAAGGGUGGGAGCCCUGCAAAGCCAGAGCUAGAGGACAUGGAUUACACAUAUGUUAGUGAAAGUUUCCUGUUAAAAAUGAAGAAGGGGGAUCCAGGUGACAGUGUCCUUCCUAGUGAAAUAAUAAUCAGUUUCCAUACAACAGAAGAUGAAAGCAAAGGUCAAGACAGCUUUGAAAAAAUGUUUGACAAGAGUGAGUAUGGAGAGUAUGUGUUGUGCAUUAAAGACAGGAGCCCUUCCCAAAGUUGCAAAGAAAGGAAUGAUCUGUCUUCCAUGGAAAAUAACAAAAUUACCAAAGAAAAAGAGAUUGAAACUAAAGGAGAGACAUAUCAGAAGCAGAAGGCAUUUGUGGAGCCAUAUUUCCAAAGACCUGAACAAAAAAAGCCUGCAAUGGAUUUUCCUCACAUUGAAGUUGUUCGCAAAAAAGAUGAGAGACGAAAAAUGCUUGGGCAUACUUGCAAGGAAUGUGAAUUGUACUAUGCCGACCUUCCAGAGGAAGAGAGAGCAAAGAAGCUGGCUUCCUGCUCAAGGCACCGGUUCCGAUACAUUCCGCCAAGCACCCCUGAAAAUUUUUGGGAGGUGGGAUUUCCUUCCACGCAAACAUGCCAAGACAGAGGCUACAUUAAAGAAGAACUCUCUCCCUGCCAGCGUCCUCGAAGAAGACAACCUUAUAAUGCUAAAUUUUCAUCAAAGAUUAAAGAGCAGAAGACAUAAACUAGACAAACAAUUUAAUUUUUAUAUUUACGCAGUCAAAUGCCCAGUUUAAAUCAGUAUUGCUUAUGAAGCAACCUUGCCUCAUAUGCGUAAAUUUGACACUAAUAUGUCCUCACUAAAGCAUCACCACGAACAUUGACAGCUCUCGUGUAAGUACACUCAGAGUUAGAGGGCCCUUCCUUUCAAGACCUUCAAAUUUUAAGGAGAACUGCCAUAGCUGUAACCACACACCCAAACUGUAAUGAAUUCUUAAAAAUUAUUUUUUUACAAGUAAUUGUUCUUUCAAACAGUUUAUUCCUCGACCUAACUUUCUUCCACUGGCUAAGCAUCUAAAACUGCUGAAAGAAACAAAAUAACAAUGAUUAUGUGUGAAACAGAUAUAUGGUUGCAACAGUUAGCAGGGGGCUUAAUCUGUGUCACUGCUGUAAUUGGCUUUUAGUACCAGAAAUAUUUCUCAUCAUUUUAAAAAAAAUGAGAUGUAUGUUGUUGUAUGGAGGAAAUUACUUGAAAUCUGUUAGGGAUUUGACUGGGCUCAUUUAUUAUGAGUCAGUACUCUGUUUAAGAAGCAGCAAGGGCAGCCAGUAUCCACACACACAGUGUAACUUACUGGUUUAGUGUAUAAAAUUAUUGGGUCAGCACUUGAUUUGUAACAGUGCAAUAGUUUAAAUGCUGUGUUUUAGAGAGUAGAUGGCACAUUACUUCUGUAAUUAAAAUAUUCACUGUAUUGUAGGGGAAACCACUCUAAAUACCAGGUCUGGACUGGCACCCAAAAUAGGCCCUGGCAUAUCAAGUACAAAGAGGCCCAAGCAGUCCCCCACCAGCCCAAUAAAUAGUGACCGUCUGUGGCAUCUUACAGCAGCCCUUCUGGCAUUUGCAAGAACCCACAGAUUGCCAGUCUGGGCUUACUAUAUACAUCUUCCAUGGUGUAGGCAUUCAUUAGGACAGUGAAAUGCUGGACUUUGCCGUGUUACAGUGUUCCUGGCAAUGCACUUUCUGCUUCUAGAUACAAUAAAUAUUUGUAAUAAACUUGGUUAACUUGGCAUUACCAGUUCAGUGACCAAAAAAUAAUAUACAUGUCUGGAGAUUUUAGCACCUUUUUAACUGGUAGGGUGCUGUGUUUUGCACUGUAUAAAUACAAUAAAGAAUUCUUAUAGUUGCAAUAGAAGUAUAAUAAAUAAUAAAAAUGUGAACUAAA